CCCAUCCAUGGCAUCCAUCCAUUUAUCCAUUCUUCCCUCUAUCCAUCUUCAUGAUACCAGCAGAGACUAAAUUAGGCUUCACAGUUGAAUGUUUUGGCACACAUGUUUUUGAUUAGGGAAGAAAUGUCCCUUACAUAUUUAUGACAUCCAAUGAUUUAAUGCAACAGCAGACAAAAAAGUAGGUGACUAUGACCUCCAGACAGUGAGUAUUUAUUCUUUAUUUUGCGUUUUGACGCAGAGACAGCUUAAUUUCUCUAUUCUAUCAAAGUAGCAUAUCACCGAAGAAGCAGCUGAAAAAAAGCGAGUGCCUGCUAUUUCAGCCAGUGAACACGAGUACGAUCGAUGUGAGCUUGUUCCUCUUUUCACCAACUCAGUGAGAUCAAACUUCCUCGUACAAGUCCAGUGCGCUACGCUCUGCCACCCCGUCCGCAUCUGCAAUCUAUCCCAAAAUAAAAAGCGACCGAAAAGGGAUGGAACCUACAUAAAAGAAAUGAGGAAUAUUCUUUGAACGGUCACCCGAAUCUAGAAGAACAUAUACAACUACAGAAGGAAAAACCGAAGUGAUUGGUUGAAGCGCGAAGACAUCAUGGGCUGCGUGGGCUCAAAGAAGGAGGAGCCUCCCAGCAAAGGGACGGGUAACGACGAGCUGCAGAACCGCGCACAGACGGCCCACUAUGUCAAAGACCCCACUGCAGGAAACUCUGGGAGCAAAGCUAGCAAAAUGCUGUCCAAUGCAAACUCUUCAGAUGGAGAGAGUAUUGCCAUGGCACUGUAUGACUAUGAGGCCAUUCAUGAAGGAGACCUGGGCUUCAAGAAGGGAGAUAGGCUUCGAAUCUUAGAGGAAUCGGGGGAGUGGUGGAAAGCUAAGUUAAUCAGUACAGGGCAGGAAGGCUUCAUCCCCAGUAAUUAUGUAGCCAAAGAUACUCUGGAGGCCGAGGAGUGGUUCUUUAAGGGUGUGAGCAGGAAAGAUGCUGAGAGGCAGCUGCUAGCCCCUGGGAACAAAGUGGGAUCCUACAUGAUCAGAGACAGCGAGACCACCCAGGGCAGCUACUCUCUGUCUGUCAGGGACAGCGAUGGCCAUUCUAGUGACACAGUUAAACAUUAUAAGAUCCGUACACUGGACAACGGAGGAUUCUACAUCUCUCCCCGCAACACCUUCAGCACCCUGCAGGAGCUCGUCAGCCAUUAUAAGAAGCAGGGAGAUGGCCUCUGCCAAACCCUUACCCACCCAUGCUUGAGCCCCAAACCUGAGAAGCCAUGGGAAAAAGACGCCUGGGAAAUCCCAAGAUCAUCACUCAAAAUGGAUAAAAGGCUCGGUGCCGGCCAGUUUGGAGAAGUCUGGAUGGCUACAUACAAUAAGCACACCAAAGUAGCAGUGAAGACCAUGAAGCCUGGCAGCAUGUCAGUUGAAGCCUUCAUGGCUGAGGCCAACCUGAUGAAGACUCUUCAGCACGACAAACUGGUCCGACUCCAUGCUGUGGUCACCAAGGAGGAGCCUAUCUAUAUUAUCACUGAGUUCAUGGAGAAAGGUAGUCUUUUAGACUUCUUAAAGAGUGAUGAGGGCAACCGUGUCCAGCUCCCCAAGCUCAUUGACUUCUCUGCCCAGACUGCAGAGGGCAUGGCCUACAUUGAGCAGAGGAACUAUAUCCACAGAGACCUGAGAGCUGCCAACAUCCUGGUCAAUAAGGCUUUGGUGUGCAAAAUUGCUGACUUCGGCCUUGCUCGUAUCAUUGAAGAUAACGAGUACACAGCCAGGGAAGGAGCCAAAUUCCCCAUCAAAUGGACAGCCCCUGAGGCCAUCAACUACGGCUCUUUCACCAUCAAAUCUGACGUCUGGUCCUUUGGCAUCUUACUGACUGAGAUUAUCAGCUAUGGACGCACACCAUACCCAGGGAUGACCAACCCAGAGGUGAUUCGUGCCCUGGAGAAGGGCUACCGAAUGCAGCGCCAGGACAGCUGUCCCACCGAACUCUAUGAAAUCAUGCUGGAGUGCUGGAAGAACAAGCCUGAGGACCGUCCCACCUUUGAUUACCUGCAGAGUGUCCUGGAGGAUUUCUACACAGCCACAGAAAGCCAGUAUCAGCAGCAGCCAUAAGACUUAACAUCCACCGACAUAUUUUCACCUACAGUACUGUUCCAAUCAUCAGCAAGUUCAGUUUUUACAUGCAGCAGUGCAGUUCAGAAGACACAGACACACAUGCUCUCUCUUUACCAUUCGCUCUCUGUCUGUCUCUCUUUCUCUUUUAAGCACACAUAAUGUAUAGUAACAAGGGACUGUACAAAAAUUAUUGGGGAGGGUUAAAGCUAGACCCUACCUAACAUUUUAAAUGUUUUCAUUCCAUUUGCUCCCUUUGAAUUACAACUUUCAAAGUAAUAUGACCGCAGUAGAGAGAUUAAGAAAAGCAAGAUAUAAAUAGAAUAUAUUCAGCAAUAUUAUGACAAUACAAUCCUACCUCAUACUUAGGUCAGGGGCACAGCACAACAGAUGCUGUCUGAUGAUGGUCUGAAGGCUUGGUUACAGGCUAAGAUGUCUGCAGCUGCAUCAGUUAUACUGGAUAGUUAUCUUCACAAAAUUGACUGUAAGUCAUCUGGAUGUAGACCAGCAGCAGUUUUGUAAAUCACUGAACCUAUACAGUAGUAAUCAGUACAUGAUAUUUGCAGAUAUGUGUGUUAGUUACAUCUGCAGCACCUAAUAUGAAAAGUGGCACUCAAAAGAACGGGUCACAUAAUGUAUUGUUUCUUCUAUUGGACUGAUUUUGUUUUACUACAUAUAGCACAUAUUAUGUGGAUCACUGUAUCGCGAUAUAAAGCUGCACAUGGUAAUGCACGGAAAAAACAUGUGACCUGUUUAUCUGUCUAGAGAUGAAUGUGAUUUGGUUAAAUCUUUUAGCUUUUUGAGGUGGGUGGCAAAACUGGACAUGUGUCAGAAUCUUCUCUACAUGUAAAAGUGAAAAAAAUUUGCAAGGGUAGGCUGAAAUAAAACAACACUGGGGGGGGGGGG